AUGUCCACAGCAGCAUCCAGUCUGCCUCAGCCCUGUGCGGAGCCUGAAGCCCCAAACCCCCGCUCUGCCCAGGGAAGCCACCCUAGCCAUCCCCCCAUGGGACAGGAUCCAGGACAUGCCCAUCCGCAGCUUGUGCACCGCCCCCUCUUCUACGUGCACCCCCCUCCUCCCCACUUCAUGCAGUACCAGUGGCCCAUGCCCUUCUACAAUCAUCCCUUCAACCCCUUCCCCGGCAUGGGUUACAGUAUGAUGAUGCCUCCCUUCCCUCCGCUGCCAUACAUGGACCCUCCCGCCUACUUCCUGCCCCAUGCGCCAGUGCAGCCUAUGGACUACAGACGCACCCACCCAAACAGCGCCCCCUACCCCAGCCAGAACAGGAGAGCACGCCCGUUACACACUCGUGAAACCGUGAGCAUCGAAGUCCAGACAGACUACAGAGGGGAAGAGUUUCACCAAAGAAGCCCGCGCACAAGCAGCACAGACUCUGGCCGUGAAACCGCCUUAAACUCUCCAACGUCUUCCACUUCCAGCCGGAAAAAGCAAGAGCAGGUGAUGGACCCCGUUGGUAAAGAAAUGUUCGAAAAGAGGAGGGCUUCUGUGCCAGAUAUUCUGUUAAAAUGGGGAAACGGCCCGCCCCAAGUGGACAAGACGGCCAACGAUAACCGCGAGAAGUUUGACCGAAGUUCAACCGCUGUCAACGAGGAGCAACUGGAAGCUGAGGGAGAUGUUGAAGAGCAAAAUGUCAGGACUAGUUUGGGCUACGAUGCAUUCGAAAGCUCACUAAACAUUUCAAUUAAACUGUGCGACGCUGAGCAGAGCAGAAAGGGCCGGCACGAGUUCGACGAGUCUGUUUGGUCGGUGGAAUCGCUCCCGUUGUAUGUUCCCACAAAAGAAUGGCUCAUGCAGAAUAUCACCGCAGGCAACGAAGUGAUUUUAGAAACUGCUGAAGAGGCCGAAAAUGGCACAGCGGACAGCCCUAGAAGUCAUGACUCUUUAACAGAUUCUGUGCAGUUGUCAGACAGCUUUUUCGACUUCAGCACGCCGGCGACCACUGUAGAGGCUGGCGAGCCCCAUAAAUAUAAAAUGCAAAGCUCUAUCCUUAUUCUAGACUCUAUUAGUAAACAAAAGUCUGCUGGAAUGCUUGUCAAAGAAAUUGACAAAAAACAAGCUUCCGAGCCAGAGGGAAGCCUAAAGCGACUUUCUUUCACAGUGGAAGAAAACGGGGAAAAAGAUGAACACAAGCUUGUUUUGAUGAAUGAAGCUGAGCCGGUGCAGGCGGAGGUGCCCGGGGGCGUGGCUGAGGAGUUGGUUCUUACUUCGCUUCACAUUGCCUGCGAGGACAAGGCUUUGGAGAAAAAGACAUUGGUAGGGAAGCCGACGCGGUGUUUAGUGGUUCCAGAUCCGCCUCCUGCUGCAGUGUCGCCCUCCAGGGGAAACCUUGUGGACUGCGGCGUUCAGUGUCCGGAUCUGCAAACGAGAAGCAACUUAGGGACGAGCCGCAAACACUACUUUUAUUCAGAUGUCCAAAACAUGAGCACACACUCUGACGGCUUCAUGUUCGCAAACGGACCCAAGAAGAGGUUCAGGAACAAGGGCCCAUGGCGGAAACGGCUCGUGUGGGGGGGGGGGGGGCAUAAGUAUCUGACAGCUCCACGUCGUCGGGGGGGGGGGGGGGGGGGGGUGGGGGGGGGGGGGGGGGGGGGGGGGGGGGGGGGGUGUGGGGGGGGGGGGGGGGGGGGGGGGGGGGGGGGGGGGGGGGGGGGGGGGGUGGGGGGGGGGGGGGGGGGGGGGGGGGGGGGGGGGGGGGGGGGGGGGGGGGGGGGGGGGGGGGGGGGGGGGGGGGGGGGGGGGGGGGGGGGGGGGGGGGGGGGGGGGGGGGGGGGGGGGGGGGGGGGGGGGGGGGGGGGGGGGGGGGGGGGGGGGGGGGGGGGGGGGGGGGGGGGGGGGGGGGGGGGGGGGGGGGGGGGGGGGGGGGGGGGGGGGGGGGGGGGGGGGGGGGGGGGGGGGGGGGGGGGGGGGGGGGGGGGGGGGGGGGGGGGGGGGGGGGGGGGGGGGGGGGGGGGGGGGGGGGGGGGGGGGGGGGGGGGGUAA